AUGGGGAAUGCGAUUGUGACCCCUUGUUUUGUGCAGCAAAACCCUACUUCAUCGUCGUCGUCAUCAAUAAAACUUGUCUUCAACGACGGCCCGGCGAGAUUCCUGAGAGGGAAACACGUCGCCGGCGAGAUCAUGUUCGAGUUCCCGGAAAUGAUGGCGUGCCACGCCGACUCCUUCUUCAUGGGCAUGCCCGUCCCGGCGUUAGCCCUAGACGACGAGCUCAUGCCGGGCCAAACCUACUUCAUUCUUCCCAUAGAUGGCUUCGCAUGUAAGGUCCUCUCGCCGUCGUGGCUCGCAGCCCUAGGGUCAUCGUCGUCUUCAUCAUCAUGCCCUAGUAACAAAACCAGUAAGUCGUCGUCAUCGCCAUGUCCGAUCAAGUUUGGAGAGAACCCUAGUCCUUUUGACUACAUAAAGGGCUCGAAUGGGAGAGCUCUUAUAAAGGUGAAGCCAGCGUUCAUCACAAGGCUUAUGAACGGACGUAAUGACGACGACAGAGAAACUGAUCAUGGUAAUGGUAAUAGUGACGAUAGUAAUUAUAGCUUUCUGUGUAGUACUCCUGAGUUGAAGAAGCAUUAUGAUCAGCUUGUGAAGUCGAAGGAUCAGGUUUGGUCUCCUAAGCUUGAGACCAUUUCGGAGCAUAAGGUCAGGUCUUCGCCUUGCAGAUUCCUGGGCUUACAAUGGAAAGAAAAAGAGAAAAAUUCUAAUCCGCGCCGUCUCCGGCUUGCACGUUACGUACCCGUUGUUAUCGUCGGCGUUGGUGCAUCUCCAGGUGCCGUCGCAUCGCUCUUCCAUCUCACCGUCGCACCGCUUUCAGCCUUUUAUCUAUUCUUCGGCUACUAUUGA